AUGGAGACGAAUGCGUACAUCCAGAUGAAAGUUUCGCCAGCUAGAAGUACUGGAGGGCUGAACACUAUCAGCAAUGAUAACUCUCCUUCCACUGAUUCAAAGGACUUGCGUGCUAAGCUGGUAUUGCUGGGAGACUCAGGUGUUGGGAAAAGCUGUAUAGUUCUUCGCUUUGUUCGUGGUCAGUUUGAUCCUACUUCCAAGGUAACUGUUGGUGCAUCUUUUUUAUCACAAACAUUGGCAUUGGAAGAUUCAACAAUAGUGAAGUUUGAAAUUUGGGAUACUGCUGGGCAAGAGAGGUAUGCUGCCUUGGCACCACUUUACUACAGAGGAGCUGCUGCUGCAAUUGUUGUCUACGAUAUAACGAGUCCGGAAUCAUUUAGCAAAGCACAGUAUUGGGUAAAGGAACUUCAGAAGCAUGGUAGUCCUGGUAUUGUAAUGGUUUUGGUUGGGAAUAAGGCUGACCUACAUGAUAAUCGAAGUGUAUCCUCACAGGAUGCACAGGACUACGCAGAGAAGAACAAUAUGUUUUUCAUUGAGACGUCAGCCAAGACAGCUGAUAAUAUAAACCAACUGUUUGAGAUGAGGCUGAGCAAACAAAGCAUUGGCGCCUUGAAUUUCUCAGUUUUCUGUGCCUAG